GAUCGUACUCCCUCGACGAUUGCGAGCGGCUGGAUCUUACCUCUUAGCUACUCUCAGGUGACAGCCAGUCCGGAGCACGCGAAAAGCUGAGAUACGAAGGGCCUGUGAAGCGCCUGCCUUUAUAUGUAGCGUAAACUGUCGUGCUACUUUGAAGGCUUCGCGCUCAUCUUCACCACGAUCUCUUCCGACGAUUUGUGUACCAUGUCUACCCCUUCAACUCUACCGAGCACAGCGACGAGGGCACAGACCUCUGCAGGUCCUUUCAAAGGCCCGCCGUUCAAGCAUCCGCUUGAUCCUUUGACACCAGAAGAGAUCGUCGCCGUGUCUCUCAUCGUACGGCGGUAUGUCGCUGAGAAGACUGACAUCAAGGCCGUCCGAUUCAUUACGAGCUACCUGCUACCUCCCCCCAAGAAAGCCGUGCUAGCUUUCCUGGGCAUACCUCUCCUUACUGGAGAGAAGCCGGAGCCCGCCACUGAGAUCAUCCGUAAGGCUGAAGUCGAUUUCGUCGAUGCUGUCACAGGAUCGGCGUACAAUACCAUCGUCUCCCUGUCUGGCCAAGAUUGGGUGGUAGACACACUCGAGAAACUCCCCAACGGAGUUCAACCGCAGAUUUCCGUCGAAGAGCUUCUGCUGUGCGAGGAAGUGAUUCAAAAGGAUGAGCGAGUCAUCAAGCUUGCUGCGGAAGUCGGUGUGAAGCCAGAACAACUGCACGCGGAUGGAUGGGCCAUAGGAUACGAUACCCGCUUCCCUGGGAAUGUCCGGAUACAGCAAGCUCUAUUGUUUGCUCGCAGGGGCCGUCACGAAAAUCUGUACGCGCAUCCUAUGGAUUUCGUCCCUGUCAUUGACUCUGUUGCCAAGAAAGUCAUCCACAUCGAUUUCCCGCCUCACUACAAGGCAAAGACGUCCGAAGCGCUAUUCGAAGGCACCGGGGUCGAAAUUGCCCUCACCCAGACGACCACUGUCCCUCCUUCUCUUGAGGAAGAUGCCUUCGCUGCUGCAAAUAGGAAGCGUAUUCCCCCACCUCUGAAAUCUUACGACUUCCUCCCCGAUCUCCUUGCGCAAAACAAGGAUUUCAAGUUUCGAGACGACAUCAAGCCACUGCACAUCUUGCAGCCAGAGGGCGUCAGCUUCAAAGUGGACGGUCAUGAGAUCGAAUGGCAGAAGUGGAAGAUGCAUGUCGCAUUCCACCAUCGCGAGGGUGUCGCCCUCUCCACCAUCACGUACAAUGAUGACGGGGUUAUACGGCCCAUCUUCUACCGCUUGUCUCUCUCAGAAAUGGUUGUCCCAUACGGGGCGCCAGAGCACCCGCACCCUCGUAAACAUGCAUUCGACGUAGGAGAAUACGGCAUGGGCACCAUGGCGAACGAGCUGACGCUUGGAUGCGACUGCCUCGGCAAGAUCCAUUAUAUGGACGGAGCCUACACAGCACACAACGGUACCGCGGUAGUGGUCAAGAACACUAUAUGCAUCCACGAAGAGGACGCUGGUCUGCUCUGGAAGCACACUGACUAUCGUGUCGGUGGACGCGCCCAAGCCGUGCGUAGCCGCAGACUCGUGAUUCAGCAAGUGUGCACCCUCGCGAACUACGAGUACUUGUUCAACUACAUGUUCUACCAGGAUGGUAACAUCGAGGUGGAGAUCCGCCUUACCGGGAUUCUCCAGGUUUACGUUGCCGACAACGACGAGCCGAAUGCUUUCGGAACGACCCUCGCCCCGAACAUCAACGCGCACUACCACCAACAUAUCUUCUCCGUCCGCGUUGAUCCCAUGGUGGACGGCCUCAACAAUACCGUCGUCGAGACUGACAUUGUCCCCCUGCCCAAUGCCCCGACUGGUUCCGUCGCCAACUACUACGGAAAUGCGUUCAUCACUCGCGGGACCCCCAUCAAAGUCGCCUCAGAGGGCGCCCGCGAGUACGAUCACGCGAAAGACCGCCGGUGGUCGAUCGUCAACCCUAAGAAGGUCCAUCCGCAUUCGAAGCGUAACGCGGGGUAUACGAUCAUGAGCAAGGGUGCGCAGGCACCGCUCAUGGCGCUCCCUGACAGCGUUGUUGCGAAGCGUGCGUCAUUUGCGACGAAGCCGGUGUGGGUCGUCAAGGACGUCGAGGGUCCCAAUGGCGGGCGUAUGUGGCCGUCGGGCAAGUACGUGCCGCAGACGCGCGACACUCCUGAAGAUUCGCUCCCGAACUGGGUGAAAGGCAACGAUAACCUUGCUGAGGAGGACAUCUUGGUCUACCUUACGCUGGGAAUUACUCACAUCCCGCGACCAGAAGAUUGGCCGGUGAUGCCGGUCGAGCAUCUUCGCCUGCUCUUCAGGCCAACGCACUUCUUCGAAUUCAACCCGAGUAUGGAUGUUCCUGGUGCAAAUGAUACGAAGAGUAGCCCGGCAUUCACGAACGACUCCGACAACGCUGUCGCUGGGGUGGGUUGCCACUAAAGUUUGAAGCCAAGGGUCCCUGAUGUACGCAGUUACAUAAAGGUUUAGAUCACAAUGUACUCUAGAAGUCCGUCAUCGUCCUGAUACGAGUACGGUAGAGAGGAUUUUCAUGCACGGGAUGCG